UCUUUAAAUGUUACAAUGAACAUGAAACACGACAUUAAACCCGGUCAACAACACAACUGUCUGUCAAUAGGAAACACGCCCACAAGUGGCCGCCGACGCCGCUGCCGCACUCUCAAAAUGGCUGCGUCCUUGAGUAGGGUAAUCCGUGUUCAACGACUGGUAUGCUGUACUGUACAGAAUGCAGAAGCUUUGUUGGACCCAGCUGUGCAGCGUCACUUUCCCUCUGUUAUCCCUUUCCGGACUAAGAAGCGCUACUUCAUCCCACCAGUAGUUGGUGGUAAAGGGCACAGCCCUGACAACCUGGAAGCAAGAGCUGGCCAAGCCGGUGUUGUUGUACGACAGGAAUACAUGGAAAGAGCUGUCAACAUUUCUUGCACUGCCGGAGUCUUUGAUCCAUACAUCCCCCCAGAGGGUGAUGCUCGACUCUCAGGCCUGUCAAAAGAAGGACUGAAGCAGCGCACAGAGCAGUUGAAACAGAGUGCUGCCUCCCUGUUGGCAAUACGCAAGAUCAAGGAGCUUGACUCUGAGUUCAACACAAAGGAGUUCCCUGCCCAAGCCCAAGAUAUCUUCAUCCAGGCUCAUGAUGCUCUUACACACUUCAACAAGGAGAAAUUGCAUGAUCUGGUGACUGAACGCUGCUACCCUGAGAUGGUGAGAGGAAAUCGCUAUAAGACACUGCGCUGGAUGUUUGUGGAGUCCCUCGAACCCCCUCGUGUGGUGCAUGCCCGCUGCCCUGACAUGGUCAGCAAAGGCAACCUCUAUGGACAGGUUACAGUGCGCAUACAUUCUCGACAGACCCUCGCCAUCUAUGACCGUUUUGGGAGGUUGAUGGUGGUGGAUGAAGAGGUGCCACGGGAUGUCCUGGAGUACCUUGUUCUGGAAAGACACCUGGUGAACCCCUACAGUCGCUGGAGACUCCAUGGCAAGAUUGUUCCCUCCUGGGCCCCACCCAAGGAUCCCAUUAUUAAGACCGUUAUGAUUCCUGGUCCACAGCUGAAGCCCUGGGAAGAAUUUGAUGAGCUUAAUUAUGAGGUGGUGAAACCCAAAGCUGUUCAGUGGCACAAGUAGUCCACUUCUGCCUUCUGGAUCCACACGCUUGUGUAUCUCUGGCAGUGUAAAUAAAUGUUGUUAUAACAGAAAA